CCAACCACAUUGUUUAGUUUCUUUUAAAAAACGAUAGAAUGUUUUAUAAAAUUUUGUUUUCGGCUAGAAAAAGCUUUUCCAAAAACUUGAUUCAUAAUUAUUCAUCACAAAAUGUACAGCGAAGAAGGGUUGUUGUUACAGGUCUGGGAAUAAUAUCACCGUUAGGCAAUAAUGUGUCUACUUCCUGGAAAAAGCUGAUUUCCGGUGAAUGUGCCAUUCAAAGACUACACGAAAAAGAAUAUAUAAAACUACCUUGUCAUGUUGCUGCCCGUUUAUCCGACAUUGAAUUACACAGUAUGUUUUCAAAAAGCGAUAUGAAAUCCAUGUCUAUUUCGACAAUGUAUGCUAUUGCUGCAACAGAAGAAGCUUUAAAAACGUCAAAUUGGUAUCCAAAUAACGAAGUUGAUAAACAAAGAACCGGAGUAGCGGUUGGAAUGGGAAUGAUUGAUUUUACCGAUGUAUGUGAUACGUAUGAAGCUCUAAAACUGGGAUAUAAUAGGGUAAGUCCUUUUUUUGUUCCACGGAUUCUUUCAAAUAUGGCUGCUGGGCAAAUAAGUAUUCGUUAUGGGUUUCAAGGGCCAAACCACAGUGUGUCUACUGCAUGUGCUACUGGUGCUCAUUCUAUAGGCGAUGCCUUUAGAUUCAUAUGCCAUGGUGACGCUGAGGUCAUGAUUGCCGGAGCUACGGAAGCAUGCAUUAAUCCACUUAGUAUUGCUGGGUUCUGUCGUUUACGAGCAUUAAGCACAUCUAAGAAUCCGAAACUAGCAUCAAGACCUUUUGAUAAAUCACGUGAUGGGUUUGUAAUGGGUGAAGGCUCAGCCAUUCUUGUAUUGGAAGAAUUACAUCAUGCUAAGCAAAGGAAUGCAAAUAUCUUAGCUGAAAUUCUAGGUUAUGGUGUUUCCGGAGACGCAUCACAUUUAACUGCACCUAGAGAGGACGGAAAUGGAGCUGUACUCGUUAUGUCGAGAGCUAUGUCUGAUGCAGGAAUAAAGCCGAAGGAUGUCACUUAUAUAAAUGCACAUGCAACUUCUACACCUAUUGGUGAUAUUAUUGAAGCUAAGUCUAUUAAAAAGUUGUUUAAACAUCAUUGUAAAACUUUAAAAAUCUCAUCAUCAAAAGGAGCACAUGGACAUUUAUUAGGAUCAGCCGGAAAUCUAGAAGUAGCAUUUACUGUAAUGGCUAUUAAAGAUAAGAUAAUUCCUCCAACAAUUGGGUUUGACACCACUGAAGAUGAAAUAGCUGAUUUAAAUUUCGUCCCUAACGAAGCUCUGAAUUGGCCAGAUGAAUCAAAAAUGCGAAUUGCAUUAAAAAAUUCCUUUGGGUUUGGUGGAACAAAUGCUUGUAUUUGUAUUUCAGAAUAUAUACCAUAAAUAACUGUUACCUUUAAAUAAAUAAUUAAGUUAUUUAAUAAUAAAACAAAUGUUUUCUAGGGUGUAUCGUUGUUAUAUUUUUUCAUACUUA